GGAGUGAAACAGAGCUGUUUGAUGCCUUCAUCUGCUACUGUCAGAAGGACCUUCAGUUUGUCCAGGAGAUGAUCAGGGAGCUGGAACAGACGGAGUUCAAACUGAAGCUCUGCGUAUUUGAUCGGGACGUCUUGCCGGGGACGUGCGUGUGGUCCAUCAGCGGAGAACUGAUAGAAAGGAGGUGUCGGAGGAUGGUGGUCGUCAUUUCAGAUGAUUACCUGGAAAGUGAGGAAUGUGAUUUUCAGACCAAAUUUGCUCUUAGUCUUUCCCCAGGUGCUCGUCUCAAGCGGCUGAUCCCUGUCAAGUGCAAAAGCAUGAAGAACGAGUUCCCAAGUAUCUUACGGUUCAUUACAAUUUGUGAUUACACCAAUCCUUGCACCAAAAAAUGGUUCUGGACGAGACUGGCAAAAUCCCUCAUGCUGCCGUGA